AAAUGUACUCUGAAUUUAGUCAUCAACGUUCUGUCUUCUGUAUUAUUUUUUUCUAUGUAUGUUAUUAAAUAUAUUUCGUUUAGUAUUAACACCAAAAUCGUAAAAUAUUUGUUGGAGUACUUGCAGUACAUAUGUAACGAGUUAACUGACGAAAAUGAACUCAAUAUCAUAGUAAAGUACCGUAAUUAUGCGAGACAUUACACAAUUACAUUGUUAUUGCUUUUAGUGUUCGUGAUGUUCGUUUUAACUUUAUGUUUAUUUUGGCCACACAUUUUCGAUAUCUUGUUCUUCAUAAACGGAACUCGAUCACGGUCUUCGUUGCCGCUUAUGGCUGAAUAUUUCAUUGAUCAAGAAAAAUAUGUCUAUUUUAUAUUGUUUCACAUGUACGCGGCUUAUGCCAUAGGCUGUACCACAUUGUUAGCGACUGGAACAUUGUUUAUAGUUUGUCAACAGCAUGCGUGCGGAAUGUUUCGAAUUGCUAGGUAAGAGAAUAAAUAUAACAUAAAACAGACAGUAGAAAAUUUGGAAAAUUAAAAAAUAAGAGGCCUAUGUAAGUUUGGUAGAAGAAUCACUUGCAGUUAUCGUGUCGAACAAGCAAUGGCAUUCGAGAUGUUACGAAAAAACAACUGGAAAAGUGAGAAACUGAUUUAUAAAGGAUUAAUCUAUGCCGUUGACAUGCAUCGCAAAGCUAUGAAGUUAGAAUUUAUAUAUCAAGAAUAAUACAUUAUUUGUAACAAUCAAUUUAUCACAUAUAGAAUACACGUAAAGUAAUAUCUUGUGUCUCUUGAAGGUUGUCUGACUUGACGAUAUCUAAAUUUAAAGUAAUGUUCUCCUUUUUGAUAUUAUUUGGUGUGCUUAGCGCAAGUCUUAAUGUUUUUCGGAUUUUUCAGGUAAUAUCAUUUGAAUUCGAUAGUGUGGAAAUUUUAUUACGCAUAUUGUAUAUAAUUAUUGAAUUUGUGUAUAUAAUGCUAGCCAAUUAUCUUGCGCAAGAAAUUAUGGAUCACAAUAAUGAUGUAUAUGUUUCCGUGUACAAUGUUCAAUGGUAUAUGGCUCCAUUACAAAUACAGAAGUUUAUUUUAUUCCUGUUGCAAAGAAGUACCAAGGUGUUUACUAUGAAUAUUGCUGGAUUGUUUGUGGGGUCUUUAGAAGGUGCAGCUACGUUGCUGAGCACCGUGCUAUCAUAUUUCACUGUCCUUUAUUCUACGCAACGUUAAAACAAAAUGGUUUAAUUAAAGAUACUAUAAAGUAUAACAUGCGAUAAGAAUGAUUACAAAUAAUUAAUACUGGCUAUUAUUUGGAAAGAAAAAGGGGUGAUUAAUAAGUUGCACUAAAAACAAAUGAGGUAUAACGAAUAUAUUUGCGCAACUAUUUGUAAUGAAAUAUUUUCUCAAGUAUUAUAUUUUUGCUUGUCUGAGAAAUAAACAU